AAAUAUAUUGAACAGUGUGGCUGAUGAUUUAUUUCAAAUGAUACUCAGCUAUGGGAAAGUUGUCUAUUUUUUUCAGUUCGGUAUUAUGCUUGACAAUUGGAUUAGGUAUUUUUCGAAUCUACUCGAUUCUGAUAUAUGAACCGCCUUUACCUGAAGUGAAAAACGAAUGGUGGGGAGAAUACAAUUCUAAAAUUGACGAGAAUGUAUAUCCGUUCAGAAUAAAUAUCUCAGAUACGGUACUGGAGGACCUUCGCAUCAGACUAAAGAAUACGAAAAGUUCCUUCGCCACGCUUCAUAAUACUUUCCAAACCUAUGGAACUUCCUCAGCACUCCUAUCUAAAUUCAAAAAUUUCUGGUUGGAUGAGUACGAUUGGAGGAAAAGAGAGAAAUUCCUCAAUAAGUUUCCCCAAUACAAAACCAACAUCCAGGGAUUAAACAUUCACUAUCUUCAUGUAAAACCUAAGGACCAUGUAGGAUUGAAAGUUUUCCCACUUUUACUGAUUCAUGGCUGGCCUGGAUCGGUCAGAGAAUUUUACGAUAUCAUUCCUUUACUCACAACGCCUCAGAAGGGUAGAGAUUUUGUAUUCGAAGUUGUUGCCCCAUCAUUGCCAGGUUUUGGAUUUUCUGAUUCGGCAAUCCGUCCAGGCCUUGGAGUCGUCCAGAUGGGGGUGAUCCUGAAGAACCUAAUGGGGCGUCUGAAUCACGACAAAUUCUUCGUACAAGGGGGAGAUUGGGGUGCAAUAAUGGCGCCCCAUAUAUCCAUUCUAUUCCCGGAAAACGUGAUUGGGAUGCAUUCAAAUAUGUGUGCGUCCAUCAGACCCAUUUCUAUACUGAAAAGAUUGCUGUACAGUCUGUAUCCGUCGCUGAUUGUUAAAAAGGAAUAUGAACACUUGGUUUAUCCCCUAUCCGGGUAUUUCGCAGGGUUUCUCGAGGAGAUGGGAUAUUUUCAUAUUCAAACUACGAAGCCCGAUACCAUUGGUACAGCUCUAUCGGAUUCUCCUUCGGGUCUUGCAGCUUACAUCCUGGAAAAAUUCGUGAGUUGGACGAAUCCAAAUUGGAAACUGUUAGAGGAUGGGGGUCUCACCGAAAAGUACAAAAUGGAAGAUCUACUGGACAACAUAAUGAUUUACUGGGUGACAAACUCGAUAACCACCUCGAUGAGGAUAUAUGCUGAAAGUUACAAUACGAAUAAGAUCACCUGGGAUUUGGAGAGGAAACAGGUACCAGUGCCAGCGGCGUGUGCAAGGUUCGCCUAUGACUUAGAGUGGAAUCCUGAGGCUCUAAUCGAGGACAAAUUUCCCAAAUUGAUCCAAGUGAAUGAUUUCAACGGAGGACACUUUGCUGCCUUCGAAAAACCUAACGUUCUUGCCCGAGACAUUUUCGAUUUUGUUCAAAAGGUGGCAUCGAUGAAGGAUGAAGUUCCUCACCAUUAAAUGUUUCACAGGAAUAAGAAACCAACUUCUUUAUGA